AUGAAGUAUGGUUUGGAUUCUUUUAAACAAUUUAAUAGAAAUCUAGUAGAUUUUUGGAAAUCUACAAAUGGUAUAGGUCCUGAAUUAGUACAUAUUGCAAUUAGAAUACAUGGAAUCUGUAUUAAUUCUGCAUCAGUUAAACGUUUAUGGUCAAUAUUGGCGAUGAGCCAAAUUCGAAGUGAAAUUUUAUAUACUCAUAAAGUAAAUGAAGCAAGAGAAUGUGAUCAUGAAAUGCAACGUUUGCAUAUUGCUGCACCAAUUAUCUCUGAUGGUGAAGAACCAAAUGAAGAAAUCGAAGAUCUUGAAUUAAAUUAUGUAGAUAAUGAAUCAGAUUACAGAGAAACGGAUAUACAAGUUAGUGAUGAUGAAGAUGAAAUUAAUAUUAGAAACGAAACUAACAAUGAUGAAGAAGAAACUGAUAUAAGAAAUGAAAUUAACAAUGAUGAUGGAGAAUUAAAUUCUGAAGAACAAAGAUUGACUCAUUAA